UGUCUUCCAGUUGAUUCCAAACCAGCAUACUUACGGUGUGUGCUCAGCUGAGUUGAAGUCGCGAACGUCCUUUUUGACUGGUAGUGGUCUGUAACAGGGAGCCAAUGAGUAACAGCAGCAAGUGAUUCGCAGGAGAUAAGGAUUUAUUUUCCAGUGUAUUUGUGUGAUAAGAAAGUCAUAGUUAAGUGUGUCCAUAACUGAGCUAGAAGUGUGUUUCGAACUGUGAUCUUUCGAACUGAGAAGAGCGGAGAGCAGAACUGAGUGAUAUAAAUACUGUGAUCGAUACGAAUUGUGAUCAAAUUUCAAAACCCUCUCUUUCAUUGAGUAUAAAUCAAUAUUAAUUUGACUGGAUUGACUACUGGGUCGGUGAAUCGGGGUUUGGAGAAUUGGAUGGUGGAAAUUGAACGUUACCAGAAGAUCGGUAUCUGCCUGGACGUGCCACACGAAGGAUUAUCACUGGUAGCGGAGCUGCAGCAAAGGCAGCAAAACCGGCAAAAUUCGCUCGAUUUAGCGGACUUACUCUUUUAUCAGUGUGGAGAGUGCAACAAAAUGGCUUGCCUUCCACAAUCGGCCUUCGCAGUGCACAAACUGCGCAAAGCACAGAACGACAAGAACCUCGCAGUGGCACGUCUCAGUACCGAAAAGCAGGACGCACCACGCUACAUGAACAACACGCUUGACCUCACACCGGUCAAGUACAGCGAUAAGCUGAUGAACAGCAUCUGGGGCCUUUACAAUCGCUACUCGCCGCACAACUUCAAGAAGAACAACGGCUCCGACCAGCAGUACUUUGGCAUGCAGCAGCCAUUCGCUGUUGCAUGCGCCGCUUCGGAGAAAGCCAACUCUGAAGCCAAGAACUGCCCAAAUAAACAGCUACCGAACCUAUUCGGAGCUACGUUUGGAGAACCAUGAUGGGAUAAUGUUGAUUGUUUGGGCAGAAAACGAAAUUAGUCGCUAGUUCUGUAGUAGCUUAGCCAUUAGUAGAUGUGUUUAUGGUUUGGUGAUAUUUUUUGGCGUAGGGUUUUCAAAAUUUAACAAAUUUUAAUAUAAUCGGCAUUAGUGGUAUUGGUUUGACUGAAUAAAGUGUUCAAAUUUAUGAUGUUAUUAUAAGGAUUAUAAUUGGCCUAGAUAA